GCCAUUUUGCUGCUCAUCAUAUUGGUGCGUGCCGGCAGUCACUUGGCCCUGAUCAAGAUAUCUAUCAGGGCGUGCAGAGGCCUAACACAGGUGGCUAACAUCGUUGUUGCUGAAUGCAACAAAUGGUGCCCCGUGUGAGGCGCGGGUGAGAGGCCUGUGUGAGGCACAGACUGUUCUGAUGCUCUCUGUGCUGCUGCGAGCUGUGGGGUGACACCAUAGCAUGAGAUUUGGGGUGAUGCCCAGCCCGAGUGCCCUAAAGAGAGGGGUCCCUGCAGAAGACGAUUGGGGUGACGCCCUGCAGAAGAUCGUGGCGACGAUGAUAGUGCUGGCCAGCAAGUAGGUUGCGGUGGGGUCCGGGGGGACGACGGGACGCCCACGGAGGACCCGUGUGGACGACGGUGUCGAGUGUGACUUCGCGGUGACGGCAACGGGCUGAUCAUGGAACAUGUUCCUAAGGUACUGCUUCAGUUUUGUAAAGAGUAUUGCGAAAAGAAUGCUCCUUCUAAGAAGAAUAUCCAAGCAGUUAUUUCCCGGUUAGAGCGGGAGGGGGAGAUUAAAGCCCCCCAGGAGGUCUUUGACCACCGGAGAUGGGAUCAUCUCACCUCUGCACUUGCGCAGUAUGUUAUGAACUCUCAGAAGGGUGGUUCGGAGUUAAAAACUUGGGGAUUGAUACUAGGAGCGCUGAAAGCUGCAAGGGAGGAGGAAAAGGUGUGGGAGGAAGCCCGGCGGCUCUGGAGUCCUGAUCAGACGGAUCCCGGAGGGGGUUCGCAGGGAGUCAGCUCGGACGUGAAACAGCAGUGCCGGCCGGGAGGUAGCCUCUCUUGCAGGAAUUCAGACGAGGAGCACUCGACAAAGAUAGCGCCGAGUGAUCCGAACACCCCUGGACAAACAACGGGGGACAAACAACAAGAUGGCAGGAUCCAGCCGUCGGCACCCUUAUCGGGUGAAGACACCUUAUCGCAAGGACUGGAAUCCCCGCCUCCCUAUCCCCGGCAACCGCUGUAUCCUUCAUUGCAAAACUUCACUCCACCCACGGGGGCGGAGAAAGGGGUGGAGGAACAAGGGGGCGGCAUACCUGCUCCCUCCCAUGGGGCGGUGAAAGGGGCGGAGGAAAAAAGGGGCGGUGUAUUUGUCCCCACCCAAGGGGUGAAGAAUAGACAUCACACCCCCCCGGAGGGGGCUGGGGGUAGGCGCGGCACUGACUGGCAGGGGAUUAAGGACGCAGUGGAGGAAAAGGGAUUACUCACCGCGUUCCCUGCAGUACUUGGGGAGGAGGGGCCGGAAUGGACUCCGUUAGAUCCGAAAGGAGUCACACGCCUAAUAGAGGCGGUAGAAAAGAAAGGCUUAAGAUCGCCUGUGACUAUAAAUGCGUUAGAAGCUCUUACAGAACCAGGCCCUAUGCUCCCCUAUGACAUAGAGAACCUUAUGCGUAUGGUACUCAAGCCUGUACAGUAUACACUCUGGAAAGAGGAAUGGCUAACAGAGCUUAAACGGGUAAUAGCAGCCGCACAAGACGACCCAGGGCAUCCUGUGCACGGCACAGAUCUGAUGAGGCUUAUGGGAUCUGCCGCGGGAAUGGCCACCCCGCGUGCGCAACUAGCCCAGCUACGCCCAGGGGAGUUGAUAGCAACCACUGAUGCGGCUAUAGGAGCUUUUAGAAAGUUCGCCCGUCGCGUAGAGCCUUCCACUCCUUGGUCGGAGAUAGCCCAAGGUCCAACAGAAUCUUUUCAGGAGUUCACUGACAGGAUAAUUAAGGCAGUUGAAGGGUCGGACUUGCCUAGAGCUGUCCACGGCCCUGUGAUCGUGGACUGCCUUAAGCAAAGGUCUCUUGAAGAUAUAAAAACACUGCUUCGUGCAGCCCCCAGGAAAAUCGCCACACCAGAGGAGAUUAUUAGAUAUGUGUUGGAUAAACAGAAAACUACCCCCCUGACUAAUGAGGGCCUGGCGGCCGCUAUCACCAACAUAAUGGCUGUGACAUUGAGGCCACUGCGAGCCGCAGAAUCCUACAGAGGUCCUUGUUUUCAGUGUGGCCAAUUCGGUCACAAUAAGGCUCAGUGCACUACUCCAAUGGACGAUGAGAAGGGUGGUCUCUGUUUCCGGUGUGGUCAAUUUGGCCACAUUAAAGUCCAGUGCAGAGCCAUGAGACAUGGGGAGAGGGGUAGAGUCAUAUGUCAACUGUGUGGCAAGGCAGGGCAUUCUGCCCGCCAAUGUAGAAGUGUCAGAGUUCAGCAGCAGGGAAAUGAAUGGGGGAGGGUGCCUCAGGCCCAGGGCCCCUCCCAGAGCUCUCAGGAUGGGCCGUCGAUGACACCCACGUGGAGCCUGCCAGUCAGGCCGGCUCCCAACCUGAAGUUUCUGACACGCCCACCAUGGCAUUAGCUUUAGACUGUCAAAACCGUCCAUUUGUUAAAGCGUUAAUGUCGUAUGUUAACCUGCCGCCUGAUUUUUCGGGUCGUCAAACUGUCUCGAUUACAGCGCUUAUUGAUUCAGGGGCAGAUGUCACGGUGAUAUCUGAGGAGGACUGGCCUAAAGAGUGGCCUGUGGGAACCUCUCAGGUGAUCAGAGGGGUGGGCGGUACCAUAGCUACUAAGCGAUCCUCAGCAGAGGUAGAGAUUGUCGUAGUUAACAGAGAUGGUUCGUUGGAGAGACCUGCUUUGCUUGUCCCGCUUAUAGCCAGAGUACCAGGCUCACUGCUGGGACGGGACUUCCUAAACAGUGUGGGUGCACGCAUUACAAAUUUUUAGUAAGGGCCACUGUCUGCCAGCUGUCCACUGCAUACGCAAUUCCAUUGCAGUGGAAGCGGGAUGCGCACCCCGUUUGGGUGGAUCAGUGGCCUCUUCCCCUCAAAAAACUUAAAGCACUCAGACACUUAAUUUCACAGGAAUUUCAAUUGGGACAUAUCAAACCUUCUCUUAGUCAGUGGAACGCCCCGAUCUUUGUCAUACAGAAGCGUUCCGGCGCUUUUCGCCUGCUGCAUGACUUGCGUGUGGUCAAUGCCCAGCUUGUACCUUUUGGGGCAGUGCAGCAAGGUGGACCGAUACUGUCAGCCAUACCCAAGGAGUGGCCGUUAGUAAUCGUAGAUCUUAAAGACUGCUUUUUCUCCAUCCCUCUCGCAGAAGAGGAUCGGGAGGCAUUUGCCUUUACAGUACCAAUGCUCAACAACUUAGGCCCCACUGAGAGAUUUCAGUGGCGUGUCCUCCUACAAGGAAUGGCAUGCUCCCCUACUAUAUGUCAGCUAGUAGUAGGUAGAGUAUUGGAGCCAAUCAGGAGAGAUUUCCCUCGUUACAUACUCGUGCAUUAUAUAGAUGAUCUUUUACUUGCUGCUCCUACUGAGAUAGGGUUGCAAACGCUUGAGUCACAGGUGAUGUCUACUCUAACUGCCGUUGGAUUCAUUAUUUCAGAGCAAAAGAUACAGAGAGGACCGGGAGUCAAGUACCUGGGGUACAAGUUCGGCCCUGAGACGGUCCAGCCAACGGGUCUUGCCAUCCAGCCUCACAUUAAAACACUGUGGGAUGUGCAGAAACUGGUAGGAGCCCUCCAGUGGGUUCGGGCUGCUUUGGGGAUACCUCCUCGAUUAAUGAAGCUCUUUUAUGAUCAGCUAAAAGGGUCUGAUCCAAAAGAACCCCGAGAUCUGACUCCUGAAAUGGCCACGGCCUGGCAGGAGAUCUUGCAAAAUUGUAUGGAGCAGUCCCUCGCUCGUUGGGAUCCCACCGAGGCUCUUGAGGCAGCGGUUUGUAGGUGUGAGGCAGGUGCUGCUGCUGUUCUAGGUCACUCUCUCGAUGGCAAACCACAACCGUUGUAGUGGCUGUUCGCAGUACAACCUGCAUGUGCCUAUUCUUCCUGGCUUGAGAUAUUAGCAAUGUUACUCAGGAAAACCCAAUUACUCUCGGUACGGGCUUUAGGGAGAGAACCUGACGUGAUACAUUUACAGAGUUCAUUUCGUGAUGUACAGCCGCUCCCUGAAAUCCUGCUCACAGUGCUGGGAGAUUUCGGAGGGCAGGUAAGGUACUCAGAUUCCCUUCCCGUCUUUGCUGUGGCUAAGCCACUUGCUAUCUCCUUAUGGGUGCGGGUUCAAACCUCUCCGCUAGAAGGGCCUACGUUAUUCACAGACGCAUCCUCUGUGAUGCCCCAGAAAACUGGGCAAGGGGCAGUGGUUUGGCAGGAUUCAGGCAAUAAUUGGCAGACUGCUAUCUUUGUAGAUCGAACAAUCGGUGUGCAGAUGCUUGAGGUGACGGCCGUAGCCGUUGCGGUACGUUUUUGGCGUGAGAUACCUUGUAACAUCGUUACAGAUUCUGCUUUUGCUGCCAAGCUAUUAGCCCGGAUGGGUCAGGAAGGCCUCCCGAGCACAGAGGCCGCUGGCAUCCUGGAGGAGGCUCUAGCCUGUCGUACGGCCCCUCUUGCUAUUUUGCAUGUGCGCAGUCACUCUGAGGUGCCAGGCUUUUUUACAACAGGUAAUGCAGUGGCAGACAAGGCUGCCAGUACGCAGGUUUUUACAGCCCAGGAAGCCCGUGAUCUCCACUCUACUCUUCAUAUAGGAGCCCGAGCACUCUCUAGAGCUUGUUCUAUUCCAAUAUCAGUUGCGUGCGAUGUUGUUCAGGCUUGCCCUCAUUGUAACUCAGCACCCAUCAUAGGGGCCGGGGUUAACCCCCACGGCCUAGGGCCAUUACAGGUAUGGCAAACAGAUUUCACCUGGGAACCUCGUCUGUCGCCUCGCCCAUGGCUAGCGGUUACAGUAGAUACCUCCUCCACCGUCAUUGUAGCCACGCAACAUGCUAAGUCCAAUUCAGCAUCGGCACAGAAUCAUUGGGCAGCUGCUAUCGCCAUACUUGGCCUGCCUAGCCAGAUUAAGACAAACAACGGAUCGUGUUUCAUCUCACGGUCGACACAGGGAUGGCUAGCAGUGUGGGGAAUCUCUCAUAUUACGGGCAUCCCUGGCAAUUCCCAGGGUCAGUCAAUAGUGGAGUGCGCCAAUCGCCUUCUCAAGGAUAAGAUACGUAUCCUUGGGGAGGGGGAAGGAUACAGGGACAGGAUACCUGUCGGCAGACAGGCUGAGCUCCUGGCGGAAGCCCUAUAUGCAUUAAAUCAUUUCGAGCGUGGUGACAGCAAGCGAAUGCCAGUACAGAAGCAUUGGCAGCCAAAAGUCUUAGGUGAAGGGCCCCCAGUCAAAGUAAAGACAGAUAGCGGACAAUGGGAAGAAGGAUGGAGGAUAUUAGUGUGGGGCAGGGGGUAUGCUGCAGUAAAACAUGUGGAGACAGGAAAAAUUGUGUGGACUCCAUCAGGGAAGGUUAAACCGGACCUCAGACAGGACACCUGAAAUUAUAACUCGUUCCGUAUUUGUGUAAUAAGCAAGACAAGAGCUCCCUUUUGCAGAAGCUGCUGGUGGGAAGGCCGACGCCAACUCCAGAACAACCGGAGGACGGACAACAGGAUCGAGAGCCGCUCAUCAAGAGGAGAGCCACACCUAUGGCAUUGAUACUUCUGAUACCACUAAUAUUUAUGGCGCCGUCGCAGCAUGAACCUAGGACCUGACUGUAAUGAUGAUAUUAGGAUGUGGGGUCUUACAGCACGUGUCUUCGCAUCGCUCUUCGCACCAGGUGUGUCAGCAGCGAGGGCCUUAGCCCAAAUAGAAAGGUUGGCAUGUUGGUCGGUAAAACAGGCGAAUGCGACCACGCUUGUAUUAAACGCUAUGCUAGAAGAUCUUAAUAGUGUCCGUCGUGCACUGCUACAGAAUAGAGCAGCUAUCGACUUUUUGCUGUUGGCUCAAGGACAUGGAUGUGAGGAUGUCGAAGGAACGUGCUGCUUCAACCUUAGUGAUCACAGCACAUCAAUCCAUAAACAACUACAAUGGUUGCAAGAACACACGCAAAGGAUUAAAGAAGAAAGUGAUCCCUUCGGAAACUGGCUGAGCGGACUGUUUGGGGGAAUGGGUUCAUGGUUAAAGCAAUUGCUUAAAGCUCUCGCAGUAGGAUUUGCAAUCCUUGUGUGUAUUCUAAUCUGUCUUCCAUGCUUUGUAGGAUGCUUGCAAAAUUGCCUUCAACGAAUGAUGGACAAAACUUUUGACUAUCGCAUUGAGUAUCAUAGAUUGUGUGAAAAAUUAUAGAGGGGUUUAGGUUUGUUGCGUUCGUGCUGUAACGGGGCAAGGCUUGGCUGAGCACGGGAAAGGAUUCCCUGUUGCUCUGAUGAUUGCUUAAGAAUUGUAGAAAAGUAGGAAUAGUGAGCUGAAAUAUAUUUAGGAUUAGGCAUUUUGCGCUGCUUCGCGAUGUAUGGGUUAGGUGUGUGUGUUAGUAGUAUUUAGCUUAGGGAGGGGGAGAUGUUGUAGUAGGCGACUUGCGGGGCUAUGGGAUGUACGGGACAGGCCUCUCCCUAAGCAUAGACAGACAGUGCUAUCGUGCUGACCUUGAUGCAGAGAAAAGAGGAGAAGAAGAAGGAUGAGAAAAGAGUGUGGAAACGGCCAAAUAAGGCACAAUGUUAUCUGGUGUGAACCAAUCAGAGUGGGACAUGACAGCACGGUUUUGUAGGUAAAAUGUAUAUAAGCUGUGUUUCGUAGUGAAUAAAUGCCAUUUUGCUGCUCAUCAUGUUGGUGCGUGCCGGCAGUCACUUGGCCCUGAUCAAGAUAUCGAUCAGGGUGCACAGAGGCCUAACACAGGUGGCUAACAUCGUUGUUGCUGAAUGCAACAAGUACAGAAUUUUAUGGAGAUUAAAUUCAUCAGCAAACACACAGAAACCACAUUUGGUUUCGGAGUCAAAACAGGUAGGAGAACAUUGGGGAAGUAUUACAUUUACCAGAUCUGGACUUAUUCUUGCCUGGAUAUCCAACACAAAAACCAUCUUGAAGACAGCCCCUGGACUACAUGGCCCUUUGAUCCAGCCCAGUGCAACUGCUCCUAAGGCCUUCUGAAGGUAUAAGUUAAAGCACAUGGUGACCUCUCUCCAAGAAAGUCUUGUAAAUCUUGUCAGGUAGCUGCUGGCAUCUGCGGUUGUCUAACACCUUUAAAAGUCUGACUCAGGGAUACUUUCCCACUAGCAAACAGGGAAGAUAAGCAUGAUGAGCUAGAAUGUAGUCAAAACACAUAAAGUUCACCAACCAGAAGACUGUUCCUCAUCAAGCAGUUGUGUGCUGUAGUCACAAAUGUUAUGUCAAAGGCAUUUGAACUUAAAAACAGGUUUUUUGGUGGGUUAUUUAGAUGGCAAUUGAAUACAUCACAAUAUAGUAGGACUGUUUUAUAAAGUACAACAUUACCAUUUGCUCCUUAGGUAGGUCCUUAGUGAUGGUACAUUUGCAUUUAUCCAGCUAAAUAAGGCAGCUGCUUUUUGAGCACAUAAGAGCUUGCUCUCUUGCUCCAACUGUAAUUUCUAUUAUCAUCAUCUGUCUGGAAAUCCUUAUUUUAAUACAUGCAAAGAACUCAACAUGUUUUAUCUCCCAAGACAAAAUAUAUCUCUUGGCAUGAUUCUUACAUAG